AUGGAGAACGUCUCCUCGCACAAACACUUCAUUCUUGAUGGUUUCAACGAACUCGGAGCUCUGAGGCCCGUCCUCUUCAUCCCAUUUUCCAUCAUGUUCGUUGUGUCGUUGUCAGCCAACUCCCUGCUGCUGUAUGUUGUCAUUUCUCAGAGGAGCCUCCACUCACCGAUGUGCAUCCUCAUCGCCAGCAUGGCGUUUGUGGACCUGAGCCUGCCAGUGUUCAUCGUCCCUCACAUGCUGCUGAGCUUCCUGUUCAACUGGAGGGGAAUCUCUCUGCUCGGCUGCCUGGUUCAGAUGCACUUCAUUCAUUUUGUCGGAGCUUUUCAGUCCACACUGCUGGUAUGGAUGGCCAUAGACCGCUACUUUGCCAUCUGCACACCACUUUACUACCAUGAAUGCAUGGCUUUACCAAGAUUCCUCAAGUUCAUAAUCCCACUUGUGGUCAGAAAUGUCAUCCUGAUCACACUGUUUGUGAGUCUGGCGGGAUCAUUAUCAUUCUGUCACAGAAAUGUGAUCCAACACUGUUUCUGUGAGCACAUGGCCUUGGUGGAGCUGGCUUGUGGAAGUACAGCCAUUAACAGCCUCAGUGGGUUAAUGGCUCUGUUUUUUAUCCCUGUAGCAGAUGUCAUUUUCACCUUUGCCUCGUAUGUGGUGAUAUUCAGUUCUGUGCUCAAGUCCCGCAGGUCAGGAGUCAAAGCGCUCCACACCUGCGUCACUCACAUUGUGGUCAUCACUGUCAGCGUGACCAAUGCACUUGUGGCUUUCCUGUCAUAUCGGAUCAGAAAUCUUCUUCCGGUGGCUGUUCGGAUUUUCUUUAGCACCAUGUACCUGCUGUUCCCGAGCUGUUUCAACCCAAUAAUUUAUGGUGUCAGAACCACUGAGAUCAGACAGCACAUUGUGAAGAUCUUUAAAAAUCUGUAA